CUCAUCUGACUCACGGAAGUAUGUGUCUCCUGGAGAAAGGAUGGCCAUCUCUAUCACUGCAGUACCUUAAUCAAAUUCAGGGCAAGUCCUAUUAAAUACACCCUCAGCCCUGGGAAGCAGCCGGGGUGGCUCACUUACAUCAGCUGCUGUCUUUACAGCCACCUAGUACUCCACCAUGCAGAGUCACCAAGCACAGCCACUUUGUACUCCACCAUUCAGAGUCACCAAGCCAAGCACCUAACCAUGCUACAGUAGCUCGGCACAGGUGCUCUCUCGGGCUUACAGGACUUGGCCAGGUCAUCACUAGAUAGACUAGAUUUCGGCUUCAUCUGUGUCUGCUUCUAAACAGUGGCUGUACUUGUUGGGACCCUGAGAUGAAUGCUGAGCACUGGCUGUCCUGGAACUCACUCUCUAAACCACACUGGCUUCAAACUCUGAGAUCCUGUCUCUGCCUCCUGAGUGCUGGGACCAAAGAGAGAAGCCUAGACUCUGAGAAGCCAACAGCGCCCGCCCGCAUUCGUCUCUUGUCCGUCUGUUCAAGUACGACCUUCAUUUAAAUGUACUUGGUGCUGGGGCUGUAUCACGGCCUCCUGCGUGCUAAGCUGUGUUUUUUCACUGAGGCUCUUCAACCCAAGCCCAUUGUGUUACUUCGGCUUUGCCCUAACCGGAAUGAGACUCCACUGAGAUCCAUCACAAGGGCUGUCACUAGCCUGUCACCACAGGAGACUGCACGUGUGUCUUUCCCUCACUGUCAGAAUUUAUCAGAUAACAGGAAAGUUGAGCUCUUUUAAUGAUGGCAAUCUGUUAUAAUGUCUACCCUACUUUGGGAGCUUGACCAAGGCACACACAUACAUGUAGGGUCUUUAUUCCAACCCUUUUUCUUUCUUUCUCUGUUUUUGAGACAGGGUCUCACCUAUGUAGCCCUGGCUGUUGUUCUAGCACUAGCUAUGUGGACCAGUCUGGCCUUAAACUCAGAGAUCUGCCUGCUUCUGGCACCCAAGUGAUGGGAUUAAAAGCAUGUACUAGUCGUGGUGGCGCACUCCUUUAAUCCCAGCACUUGGGAGGCAGAGGCAGGUGGAUUUCUGAGUUCGAGGCCAGCCUGGUCUACAGAGUGAGUUCCAGGACAGCCAGGGCUACACAGAGAAACACUUCCCUGUGGCUGCUGUCUCCUGCCAGCUUUGCUCUGGCUUCCUAGAGAGUCGCACAGAUGAGUUCCCCGUUACCUGGUCACCGGGGGCAAAGUUGAGGAGACCCAAGUGUGUAUACCCAGGGAGCAGUUUUUGCAGUUUCUAAGAGCAGAACGCAGCACGAAUUCAUUUCACACGAGGACAAGUCUCUCUGAACUUUCAGUCUAGAGUCACAGUGAGUCGGCAAAAUUUGAGCCCAUCCGUUUUGCUGCCCCACCCUUCCCCUAGCGUGCAAAGGUGACUUCCCACGGCUGAGUGAGGACUAAUCUACACAGGCUGAUUAUGUAGGCAGGUCCCACGAAGCUCGAAAAAUUCUGUUGGAAAUUUCCAUUUUGUACCCAGGAGGUCUUGGGACAGGGAGCAGAUGAAUUUAUUCAAUAUGUCCCCAUAUCCUCAAAUUCUCUCUCACUCCCUUGCUCCCGGGGAACCCUUUUGACUUCCAUAUACAGGAGUCCUAGUCCAGCCCCAAACUGCUUCUCCCUGCCAAAAACUUGGUAUCUUCCCAAGAUGCCUCUGGGUUCUGGAGUCCAGCCCCGCCCUCGCUGGCUGCUCUGCACAGUGGGCUGGGCGGGCAUAAGCAGGAUAUAAAGCCUUCGCUCAGCCCAUACCCCAAGGCUCAGCUCUUACUAGCCUAGCCUGUAGCCAGCCCUAAGGAUCUCUCCGAAGAGCUUUAGGGUCGUCUUGGCAACCAGCUGCUCAGCCAAUCAGCGUUCGGUAUUACGAUCCUCCCUCAACAUCUGGAGCCAUGGCGGCGAGAAGAGCCCUGAUUGUACUGGCCCAUUCAGAGAAGACAUCAUUCAACUACGCCAUGAAGGAGGCUGCUGUAGAGGCUCUGAAGAAGAGAGGAUGGGAGGUACUCGAAUCUGACCUCUAUGCUAUGAACUUCAACCCCAUCAUUUCCAGAAAUGACAUCACAGGUGAGCUGAAGGACUCGAAGAACUUUCAGUAUCCUUCCGAGUCAUCUCUAGCAUAUAAGGAAGGACGCCUGAGCCCAGAUAUUGUGGCCGAACACAAGAAGCUGGAAGCUGCAGACCUGGUGAUAUUUCAGUUCCCAUUGCAGUGGUUUGGGGUGCCAGCCAUUCUGAAAGGCUGGUUUGAGAGAGUGCUCGUAGCAGGAUUUGCCUACACAUAUGCUGCCAUGUACGACAACGGUCCUUUCCAGAAUAAGAAGACCUUGCUUUCUAUCACCACUGGGGGUAGCGGCUCCAUGUACUCUCUUCAGGGUGUCCACGGGGACAUGAACGUCAUUCUCUGGCCGAUUCAGAGUGGCAUCCUGCGUUUCUGUGGCUUCCAGGUCUUAGAACCUCAACUGGUUUACAGCAUUGGCCACACUCCACCAGAUGCCCGCAUGCAGAUCCUGGAAGGAUGGAAGAAACGUCUGGAAACCGUCUGGGAGGAGACCCCACUCUAUUUUGCUCCAAGCAGCCUGUUUGACCUAAACUUUCAGGCAGGAUUCUUAAUGAAAAAGGAAGUUCAAGAGGAGCAGAAGAAGAACAAGUUUGGCCUCUCUGUGGGCCAUCACCUGGGCAAGUCCAUUCCAGCUGACAACCAGAUCAAAGCUAGAAAAUAAGGAUUUUUUUCCUAACAUAUAGUUAGACGCAGCUUUCUUUUUCCCCAGCUUGUCUGACUUGCUUUCAUUUUUUUCCUUUGCUCCACGAGGAUGGGAAAAGGAGUAAGUUUGCUUCAUGCUUUUUUUUUUUUUUUGAUAGUUCUGCCAUAACAACAAAAUGAAUGAAGUCAGAUUAGGAGCCUCAGGGCAAGGUGCAGAAGCGAGCUGGAAAUACUCUUCUAGGUCAUUUAUGCAAUAUUCGCCAUUUUCUUCGGGCUAGUCCCAGUUAGAUGGCAUCCAGUCCUCCAUCAAGAUUCGUUGUCUAUAAUUACCUCUCUGUGGUUUAGGGCAGAAGGGAAUUGCUCAAAGUAAACAAUGGCCGAGGGACUAACUUGUUUAGCAGUUAGCAGUUAGCUAAAGCCUGUUUAUGAUACAUCCUGGUUUCAAUUACUGUGCAGUGACUGACAUGGCGCCCAGGGGGUUGGCUCUCCAGCUCUUUUCUGUCUUGUACACAGCACACCCAGGUCCUGGGAAAGGAAUUUUAAAACAGAUCUCCGUCUCAUUCUUUCUAUUUCUUUUUUUUUUUAAUCGAAAUAAAUGAAUACAUCACACAUCA